AUGCGCAAGGGACCAAAGUUUGCCUGUGAACCUGAUUUGUCACCUCCGGAAAAGGUCAGCUUGUCUAGAUCCAUUUCUCGUUGGGUCACUGAAGACUUUCGACCAAGGCCAGUACCUUCCAAGUUUGGCUACAGCGUCGUUGCAAAGACUGAGAGGCUGUUGCUUCAAGCAAGGAUACAGGACUGUCGUGACAGUAUUAGGAAGCUUGAAAACGAGGCAUUUUUUGCACGUCGCCGCCUGGAGGACCACUGUCCAGAUCAUUUUGCAAGUAUCCAGCUGCACGCCAACUUUGAAGCCAACAUCCGUGCCCGUCAUGCGGGGUUGGUGCACAGUGUCAAGCUUGACAGACUUUCGGAAUCUACCAGACCAUACCGGCCGUACAACCGACGAACUACGGUAUACAACCUUUCUUCGCACAGCGUCGACCCAGCCGAGGCCUCGGUCCUAGAGCUAGGUCUGAGUUUCAAUGUUGCACCUGCACCUGACGUGCGAAAGGUUGUGUGUGCGGUGGAGUGCGCGGCUAACCAAGUUGACCCGUCCCGCCGUGACGAGGCUCGCACCCGCGCCAUUGGUGUCCUUUCUGGUCUGCACCGGAGGAAGUUUGUUUCCCCUCUUUCCGCUGAGGAACGAAAAGCUGUCGAGCGUCUUCAGGCGAACACUGCAAUCGUGAUCCUUCCCCCCGACAAGGGGAAUGCAACAGUGCUAAUUGACACGGCUGUCUACAAAAACAAGAUGUUGGCUCUGCUUAAUGACCAGGACACUUACGUCCGGCUCACUCGGGACCCGACCUUGAAGGUUCAGAGGGACUUCCAGACUCUCCUGGCUGACGUGUUCCGCUUCGUAGCUCCCGAGCGCAAGUCUUUGUAUUUCAAGCUUCUCUGUCAUAACGGUGCUGCACCUGCACUUUAUGGCCUGCCAAAGGUUCAUAAGCCUAACGUCCCCCUACGUCCAAUCGUCGACUACACUCGCUCCCCUCUCUACAAAUUGUCCGCAUACCUGCACCAGCUUCUGGCUCCACUCGUCGGGAAGAGCUCCACGCACGUGAGCAACUCCUGUGACUUUAUUGAAAAAGUCCUGCCAAAGGUUCAUAAGCCUAACGUCCCCCUACGUCCAAUCGUCGACUACACUCGCUCCCCUCUCUACAAAUUGUCCGCAUACCUGCUCCAGCUUCUGGCUCCACUCGUCGGGAAGAGCUCCACGCACGUGAGCAACUCCUGUGACUUUAUUGAAAAAGUUUGUGACGUGUCUCUAGACGACGACGAGGUGAUGGUUUCGUUCGAUGUGGUAUCACUGUUUACCUCAAUUCCGACUGACUUGGGUGUGGAAGCAUGCACCUCUGCUCUUGAAUCUGACAGGACCUUGUCAGACAGGUCGCCCAUUGACGUUCCCGACCUCAAGAGGCUCCUCUGUUUUUGCCUUGGAAACAUGUACUUCUGUUUCGACAAGGUCUUCUACAGGCACGCUGCCGGCACCAGGCUUUCCAGCAACAAGGGCAGCAGCACGCCACCAUCGGUGUGGUUCAUGUUGGGGACCAAUCCUCAAGCCAAGGAGCCUUGGCAGCACCACUUCCGCUGA